UUGUUUCGUGUAGAGGCCCGGCGAGAAUAUUUCCAACUUAUAUUAAGGAUACUUAUGUGUGUGCGCACGAUCAGAGUGUGGUGUCGGUUUUAGGACAAGCCCUUCGAUUGAACACGUUUUAUUCUCUUGGUGUGAUAGAAAUUUUUUUUGUUGCGCUUUCUUCUUCAAUAUUUGUAACGCGAAAAAAACGAAAAAGUCUUUUUUUCUCUUCCUCCAAAAUUUGCGGAGCGUUUGAACGAAAGUUAGGGCAAUCUGUUGCCAGAACAAAUUGCGUGUUUCCUUGAUUUUAUUAAACAAUAAGUUGUAUAAAAUAUAUAAAUCAUGAGCUCAGGUAGACCAAUAAAGUGUGUGGUAGUGGGAGAUGGAACAGUAGGAAAAACUUGCAUGUUAAUUUCCUACACAACAGACAGUUUUCCUGGAGAAUAUGUACCCACUGUGUUCGAUAACUAUUCGGCACCCAUGGUUGUCGAUGGGAUUCCAGUCAGUUUAGGAUUGUGGGACACAGCAGGGCAAGAGGACUAUGACAGACUGCGUCCGUUGUCUUAUCCUCAGACGGAUGUGUUUCUCAUUUGUUUUUCCGUGACAAGUCCCUCGUCGUUCGAGAAUGUGACUAGUAAAUGGUAUCCCGAGAUAAAACAUCACUGCCCAGACGCACCAAUGAUUUUAGUAGGAACCAAAAUAGACUUACGGGAUGACCGUGAAACGCUUACUGCCUUAGCCGAGCAAGGUCUCAGUGCUAUUAAGCGUGAGCAGGGACAAAAAUUAGCAAACAAGAUUCGUGCCGUGAAAUACAUGGAGUGUUCUGCUCUUACGCAACGCGGACUGAAACAGGUAUUCGACGAAGCUGUGCGUGCCGUUCUACGACCCGAGCCGCAGAAACGUCGACAAAGAAGGUGCACUAUGUUGUAAAAAAUGAAAAGGAAUUGAAAGGAAUUCUCAUCAUAGGUAAACAUACAUAUACACACACACACACACACACACACACACACGAAGCAUACGGAUCAAAAUGCAUUCGAUCAGUUGAGCGCGAAGAAAACAAUAUUGAUGUUUUAUGGAGUAUAAAUGAAUAGUAUAUAUAUAUAUAUAUAUGCGUUCUAAUGAAUUAUUCUCGCAGCUAAAGUUGUGUGCCGCAUUUACAGAGACAGAGUAUACAAUUUAUAACUCUCUAAUCUCAAAUGUGAGUCGUGUCGCUCAAAUCGCGACCUGAAAGUUCAGACAACGAGAAA